AUGCACUCAAAUGCAAUUCGCGAGUGGAUUGGACUUGUCGCUGCGUUUUCUGUGCUCUUUUGCUUUGGAGGUAUGAUGAUUGAAAUGAAUAAAACAGUGAUAGAAACCCCAAAGUACUAUGUAGUGUGGAUCACUCUGAUGUUCUGGUUGUGUGUUGGAGUGAUUUGUUUUGCAAAUAUGGAAAACCCAGUUAUUGUCCCUAAAGAGUACACCAUUGUAAUCGACAAACCUUUUGUGUUCUCAACACUUUCAUUUGCCUUUUCUGCAAUUUCUAUCAUUAUUUUGGUUCUUGGAAUGUUCUCAGUGAAUUACGUGGGAGACGAGUUAACUGACACCAUCCGAAUUAAGACCGAGGCAAGUAAUUACUGCUGUAUUUAUCAAAACAACACACAUUCGGACGACUGCGGUUGUCUGAAGUACGAAGGGAAACUUGAAAAGACGAUUGGCAUCUUCAACAAAUUGAAAAAAGGGAAGAGACAAAUAGUCCACUGCGAGAAGUGCCAGAAGCUCUCUUCAUUCACAUUUUGCUAUCACAUUUCAAUAACAGUGAACAUCAUUUCGAGUAUUGUUGUUCUUUUUCUCGCAUACUUGCAUUUAAGCUUGGAAAGGAAAUACAUGGCGCUACUUGAGAAACAAAUCAAAGUGGACGAAGCGCAAUAUGUCGAAGAACAAGCGGGGUUUGUGAAGAAUUUGAUAUUUGGAACAAAAGAAGAAAAAAUUGAGUGA